AGUCUGCUGGUGAUAUUCUCAAGUGCUGGUCGCGCAACAAUUAAGCAAACAUGCCAGAUAGUCCGCCACCGAUUGGAUUUCGGCCUGAAUUCAUGGCUCCGGGGGCGCCUUCGGGACCUCCUUUGGCCUCACUCUCGUACACCAUGCCCGUCAUGCCAAUGCCAUCCUUUCCGCCCGCGCCGGAACAUCAAACUUGGCCUCAAGACUCAAGCUCAUCCUCGGAGGAAGAACUCAGAACGGCGGAUUCGUGGAUGGAUCGAAGACUAAAACCGAUAAGCUUUGAUGUCGCCGGUUACUGUUGGCAGUUCAUUGCAGCCGGAGCUUCUUUCCCCGUCGAAACUGCGGUCAGGGCUGGUCGUGAUGCCGACGGCAGUCCCAUCUUCGUCGGCAGGGCGUUCCACGAGGGCGAUAUGAUCCCAGCUAAGGUCAUUCCGGACAAGAGCAUCGCCUAUGUUGCUUACGGAGGAGAGGAGCACCCCAAGGAGGAGUAUGAGGUGUUGCGGACGGGAGACUUCGUCUGGGAGUUCGCCAUGAACGGUGAAGUGCCGGAAGGAGCCGUGGAAGUCGGCCAGACAGUCGACGGGGAGAAGUUGUACAUGGGCAGGUGCAUCUACAAUGGCACCCAGACGCCCGGGAAGUUACAGGCCAGCCACGGAUGCCUGUACAUCCCCUUCGACGGCGAGGAGGUCAGCGUGACGGAGUACGAAGUGCUGGUGAUCAAGUAACUCUCUCUCUGGCUGUUGCAUCCUGCGCGAUGCGGAGAAUUGUUUUUAAAUUUGCUGAAUAAAAUUAAUUAAGCGA